CAAACACCCGCGCAAGCCUAUGCAGUCUCUCGCUUCCCAACAUUCUGACACGCAGGUUUUGGCGGGGGGUUUGCCAGCGCUGCGGCAGGGACGAGUUGAGCCCGCUGACCGUCCCAACCUUGACGCGUCAUCUUGCAGGACACCUCAACGACCGCGCCUUGGGCUCGUAGUUCUCUCAGCUCUGACUCUCUUCCUCUCUUUUGUACCGCACCCGCUGUUUUUGACCCGGUCCCUCCCUUUUUAGCUUUUUUGAAGAGGCCCGCCCGGUCUUCGCUUUUCGCAACUGAACCGUCUCGAUGAGACUCGCUUAACCUCAACACAGCACAACCAACCCUCUCGACGCAGCCAUGGCGCUCAUAUCCGCAAAGACGAUUCUCACCUCGCUCUGCCUCUUCCACAUCACUCUGGGCUUCUUCUUCCUCACCAACCCGGGCACGAUCGCUGACCAGGCGGUGGUCUACAUCCUCGGCGAGUCAAUGGGUCUGCCCAACUCCCGCUCUUUCGAGACCCAGUCUCCCGCACUCGGGUUCCUCGCCGUUGUCCUCGCCCUCUUUGGCAUAACCGACCUGGCGACGCUCUCCCUCCCAGACGAGAUCGGCCUCGAUCACUACUGGGGAGUGCAAGCACCCCUUCGCCUGAUCCUGAGCUUCCUCUUGAGCUUCUACUCUUUCUUCUUUUCCGCCUCGUCCCCGCUCUUUUACACCGACGACGCUGGCACCCUCUCCUCCUCCUCCUCUUCCUCCUCCUCCUCCCGUUCCUCCUCAUCCACCUCGUCCUCUUCCUCCCGCUUCCAACACCCCUCGGUCCACCGCGCGGCGCACAACCCGGCGUACGUGCCCUCCGCCUGGGGCGGCGACGCGCUCAAGAACCGCGUCUUUUUCACCUUCAUGUUCGUCGAGACCAUCAGCUGGCUCUGGGUUUGGGUCACACUGGGCGAGGAGAGACGGGAGGCGCUGGCUAGGAAGGCGAGGAGGAGGAGCAGCAGCAGCAGUGGAUCCCAGAAAUACUGAGGAGAACCCCGGCCGGGCGUCCUUAUGACGUGCGUCUUUUUGGAUUUGGUGCUUAUUCUUUGGGGGGUGUUAUUGGGUUCUCUACAUCUCUCGGACAAGUCACCAUUG